AUGACAUCUCUCCACGCCCUUACCAUUCCACCACUCAUCCGGGGCAUGCACAACAUCUCCGCAAUCCUCAAGAAAGCCCAAGCCUCCGGCAUUGAUGCCAGCAUCCUGCUGACGUCCCGCAUUCAUCCCGAAAUGCUUCCUUUUCCCAACCAGAUCCUCUUCCUCACCAACAUGGCCGUGCGCACUACAACAGAGAUCAACUCGUCUCUCCCUCCUUCGCCUCUUCCCCCUCUGGAAGAGAAUCCCACGUUCGACACUUUGAUUUCGCGCAUCGCCAGUGCCAUCAACUAUCUCGAGUCGGUAACGCCGGAGCAACUGGAUGGAAGGGAGGAAGCAGCUGUAAAAUUGCGGAUCGAUCGCAGGAAAUGGGCCGGGGAUAUUGCGUACGUGGAGUAUGGGACUGUAGAAUUCGUGCAGAUGCACGCGCAUCCGUAUUUCUGGUUCCAUGUCGUUACGGCGUAUGACUUGCUGAGGGCAGGUGGCGUGGAACUUGGGAAGUUUGACUUCUUAAAUGCGGCUGGGUUAAAAAGUUUCGAGUUCAGAGACGAUUGA